AUGUCCAACGUGCACCUCUCCGGCGCCGCCGCCCUGGAGCGCCUCUCGGCCCGGCGAGCCCUGGCCGGGCACGGCCGCAGCCCCGUCUGCAGGAGCCUCUUCGGGCCGGUGGACCACGAGGAGCUGGGUCGGGAACUGCGGGAGCGCCUGCGGGAGAUGGGCGAGGACGACCAGCGACGCUGGGACUACAACUUCCAAACCGACACGCCGCUGCCGGGGCCCGGCCGCCUGCGCUGGGAGGAGGUGGAGGCCGGCGCCGUACCCGCUUUCUACCGGGAGACUCUGCAGGUGGGACGGUGCCGCGUCCCCCUCCUCCGGGCGCCCCCGUCCCCGCCGCCACCGCCCGCCGCCGGCAAGGGGCCCGGGGGGCGGCUGAGCCGGGAGAACCGCGCCGCGCCCCGCCGCCGCGGCAUGCGGCUCCGCCGGAGGAGCCCAACCGCCCGCAUCACAGAUUUCUUCGCGAGGAGGAAAAGGCCGGUGGAACCCAAGGCGGCAGCGGAACGCCCCGCCGGCUGCCCGCCGCCCCCCGCCGCCGUGCCGGCUGAGCAGACCCCCCGCAAGCGGCUCCGACUUUUGCACUACUGCACCCACGGGAGAGGCGCUCCGCCGCGGGAGGCGCGACGCCCCGGAGGCGCGGGCGGCGCGGCGAGCCGGGACCCCCCCGCGCCCGCCUGGCCCGGCAGCGGCAACCGGAGCGGAGCCGCAGCGCCGGCCGCGCACGGAGCAGUGUUACCGUACAACAGUGCAAUAAACGUGGAUAACUUUGACAUCCAAUAG